UGGUGACGCUGACUCCGCAUAAAACAAAAGGACGAAAAAAGCAAGGGGAAUAAAAGAUGAACUGGUAAAAAUGGGGGAGAAAAAAAACAAAUACCCCACCCCCCCGGUACAGUGCUAGUUAGGUCCCCGUCUUGCUCAUCUGUCCAACCGUCACAGAGAAGCCUCUCAAGCAUGGAAGCCUUCACGCUUCUCACCAUGGCCCUGGCGGCAGUUCCAACACUCUACCUAAUUUACCUCUCCAUCCUCCCUCGCCCGCUGCCCGGAAUCCCCUACAACCCUUCCUCCCCACGCAGCCUCCUCGGCGACAUCCCCGCGCUACUCACGCAUCUCUCCACGACCCCCACAAACACAUUCACAACCUACACAACCAGCCUAAUGCGCCAGCUCGGCAGCCCAGUGAUCCAAAUCUUCCCGAGGCCCCGCUUCCUCUCUCUCCUUCCCGGCGGUGGCAGCAGCAGCAACGCAAGCGUAAUGAUCCUCGGCGACUACACAACCGCCUACGAUGUCUUCGUCCGACGAACCCGCGAGUUCGACCGGUCUCCGAGCAUCGGGCAUAUGCUGCUGGGUUUCAUCCCGCGGAACCAUAUCCACCUGCGGACGAACGGGACGUGGAAGGCGCAGAGGCGGUUGUUUCUGGGGUCCAUAGGGAAGGGGUUUUUGUUUGGCGUGUUGGCGCCUGUUAUUGGGGAGAGAGCGGAGCGGUUGGUGGAGAGCUGGAAACGGAUGAGUAGACUCGCGAAAGGGAGGCCGUGGAGUGCGCAGAGGGAUUUGUAUUUGCUUGCGCUGAGUGGCGUUGCGGCGUUUACUUUUGGGGGGUCGUUUGAAGAGGGGCUUGAGAAGGAGGUUGGUGCUGGUGGUGGGGGGGAACCAUCGGAGACAAGUGAAGGGGAGGAAAUGUCAGACGGUGGGGGUUCUGAUCAGCCUGUUGAGUUCGCAGAGCAGGGCAUCCCUGAUAUCUACCAGGCGAGCCUUGAGAUAACCAGGACGAUGGGCGAGUUGCGCGGGAGUCUGAUGCCGCGAGUGAAGUGGGAGAUUGUGCGCAGGAGGGCACGGCUGAAGUGGGCAAGAAAGGUCAUGAAAAACACCGUCAACUGCGAAAUAGCCAAAGCAGUGGACAGACUCCAUCACAACCGAGAGACGACGCCAGAGUCUGCGGUGGAGCAUAUGGUGGCGCACGAGAGGGACCUGGCCAAGAAGGAAGGAAGAAGACCUGAUUAUUUCUCGCCGGUCAUGGUGGAUGAGAUCACCGGCUUCAUGAUCGCCACAUACGAGACCACCGGCUCGACCCUCUCCUGGGGGUUCAAAUACCUCACUGACCUGCCGUUCAUCCAAAGCAAACUCCGCCAGGCUCUUGAACAGGGCUAUCCCGCUGCUGCGAAAGAAAGACGAUGCCCCUCGAUCAGCGAGAUAAACGACACCGACAUCCCCUACCUCGACGCCGUCACUGAAGAAAUUCUCCGCUUCGCAAACCCCGCCACGGGUGUCGACCGGCAGGCUAUGGUGGACACCGAAAUCCUCGGUCACGUCGUUCCGAAAGGCACCAUCGUAGCCUGCCUACUCCCCGAACCAGCCCUAAUAAGCCCGCCCGAAAUCGCCAAGAAUCCUUCCCAGAGAUCACCAUCAACAGACAGCCAUUCCUGGGACGAUCCGGACUUGGCACCCUUCCGCCCCGAGCGGUGGAUCUCACACGGGCAGCUUAAUCUAGACGCCGCGCCGCGGGUGGCGUUUGGAUUGGGCCCGCGGGGUUGCCCUGGUAAGAGGCUGGCGUACAUGGAGAUCAAGGUAGGGUUGGUAUCGGUGAUGUGGAAUUUUGAGAUGUUGCCGUGUCCUGCCGAGUUGUCGGGGUAUGAGAAGGUGGUCCUUGCGACGCAGAAGCCAAAACAGUGUUAUUUACGGCUGAGGGAGAUUGACCGAUCCUAGUGGCUCUUUUGCGUGGUAGUGCUUUGAACCUGUGCCCUGCUUUCAACCUGAGGUGAAAUACUUUGCGAAUUGAAUCUAUUACUUUCAAGGUGUAUGGUGUUCCCGCUUGUAGGGCUGGAUUUUAAAUAGCACUGUUCAAGUCCUCUACAACUAACCAUACUCUACGGAGUAUAUUACUACGGGAAAUAUCUCCGAAAUGUCAACCCAUACACAGACCGGAUGGGUUCAGUUACACAGAUAUGUCUGGCCAACGAAGGGGAUAGACACCGC